AGUACGCUGAGGACGUAGACAGUCGUCACAGCGCAUGAGCGGCCCGGCCAGUCCAAGCGUCGCUUGCAGUAGACACGCACGCCGCGCCGCGCACCCAUGCAACGUCGAGACCCCCUAAUAAACCAAGGGUUUAAACCCCGCUAUGGAUAAUUUUAUAACUAAACAUAUUUGUUUAUAGUGUGUGGGAAUUAUAGUGACUUGACUUUAUUAUUAAAACUUGUGAAGAUGAGACAAAACGACGAUCUUCCUGAAAGGAUAGCCCAAUUCAAGGCUGAUCCUGAAAAACUACGACAGGCCAAUGAGUUUGUAGACCAACUUAUACAGCAAGCUAAAAAAGAGGCAGAGCUUAAACAAAAACAGAAAGAGCGAAGUAAAUUCGAAUCACAAGACACGGACUCUGGUAACCUGAAGCGGCGGUUGGGCCGCGCGCGGGGCCUCGUGCUCCGUAUGUUUGACGCCCUCUGCAACUGCACACAAACCGCUGCGGCUGCUGCCCGCACUACCGCCCGCAACAACCCGUUCACUAAACGUUAAUCAUGUUACUUGAAUAGCUGGGCCGCACGCGGGGCCUCGUGAUCCGUAUGUUCGACGCCCUCUGCACACAAAAAGCCACAGUCACCGCCAGCACUACUGCCUGAAAGAACCCUUUUAUUAAACACCAUUCUUGUAACCUGAAAUGCUGGCGCGCGGGGGCCUCGUAAUCUUUCAAUUUCACGCAAACCGGCGUGGUUUCCCGCACCACAAAUUCUUUAGAUACUACCAUUUAGGUACUUAAUCUAGCAAUAAAAAUAAAAACACUUCCACUAACCAAGAGUUCGUUCAAGUUGGAGAAUGUUUAAAAGUUUCGAACAGUCUUCGGAAAUAUCUGAAAAUGUUUAAAGAUAAAACUAUUUAAUUUUCAACCCCUCUAGCCCUCUACACAUCUAACAGUGAAAGAAGACAUGAAUUAUUAACCCAUUUAAAGCCUUAGAAGUCAUGAGCAACAAUAUGUUGUACACGAGGGCUGCAUUCCAACGUUCGAGACCAAUCAGUGGCGGAUUUGCAGUGUUGGCCGCCCUAGGCCCCAGGCCUCGUAGUAACUACUAGCCGCCCCUUUCUCAGCACUCAUCUUACUCAUCUAGCUUGCUGCCACCCCUAACGUCUUGCGCCCUAGGCCCGCGCCUACUUGCCCUUAGGGCAAAUCCGCCACUGAGUCCAAUCAUUAUUUAUCACCAUCAGAAACUUGCAUUUCGGGAACCCGGAUUUAGGGUCGGGCCAUAAAUACAUAGAUUAAAAAUAUAGAUAAACAGAUCUUGUCACUAGAAAAAGGCGGCAAAUUAAAAAAAUGUAGGCGCGAAGGGAUAUCGUCCCAUAGAAAAUUUUAAUUUCGCGCCUUUUUCUACUGACAAGAUUUGCUUGACCAACUAUAAACACAUUAAAUCACAUGUACAAUCGGAUCUAUCGCGAAUUUAUUUCGUUACCUUUAUUUACUGACGUUUCGAUUUCGACACAGGUUUCACUGGUCGUGGUCGUGGCUAACUGACGUCCCAGCAAAAGACCACCGAAGAGCGAUAGACGCGAUUGUAAAUGUGAUUUAAUAUGUUGACUAUAGUAGGUACAUACCUUUAUUCUUUAUUAUGUAGUUUAUGUGCCCUGCCGCCACCAAUCCUACUAACAAUGUGUCGGGUCAUUGGUUUGAGAAAGUCUUUGGAGUUAAUUAACUCUGGCUUAAUGACUUUUUGAACACAAACAGCUCCUAAUGGAAUCUGAAAUACUUAGAAAUGAUUUCGAGUAAAUUACGCUGCUAUGUUACCGACUUUAUAUAAAUACUUUAUAUUCUAAUGAAAUAUGAUCAGAGGGCCUACCGCGAACACCGAAGUUCGUAAAUUGCGGGCAUCUUUCUCUGUCACUCUAGUUACGG